GAUGCACCACAUCACUUGCCUUCCUGAUUUCAGUUUGUCCCCCAGGCGUAGAGACCAGGGACCCUGCUUGGUAGGUGCUGGAGUGGGCUCAGAGAGGGUCAGCCCACUGAGGAGUUCUCAAGGUCCCUGAAGAGUCCAAGGUUUGAGAGCUUCCCUGAGAAGCUCCCCCAGUGCUCUCCUGCCCCAAGGAAACUCCUGAUCACAUCUCACAUUUGGGAAGCUCUAGAAGAGGGUGUCCUGUCUGCUGGGAAGAAAAGUAGUACCUCCCCGUCUUUAGGACUCGGUCUGGGGUCCUUCAGAUCCUCUCCUGGGCAUAGGACUCCCAUUGUUCCAGCCCCCCUCUUGUACCCCAGACUGGCCAAACCGGUUCUGGGGAAGGGGGGCGGGGAGCAGGCACGUUGAGACAGCCGCCCGCCCGCCUGCCUGCCUGCAAGGUUCCCUCCGCCUUCACCUCCCCCCUUCCCUGCCCCACACAAUACCCAGGAGCUUGCAUUGCCCGGGCUCAGGGGCCAUGCUGACAUCGCCCCCUGAGGACCUGGCUGCAACCCCAGAGCCCCCAGGGUGGCCCGGAGCCCUGGACCGUGCCGGAGGCUGGACGGAGCUCCCCAGCUGAGGCCCAGGUGAGGGGCAGAGCAAAAGAGGAAUGGACUGUGGGCCGCCUGCCACCCUCCAGUCCCACCUGGCUGGGCCACCUGGUACUGCCCGCCACCCAGUAGCUGUAUGCCAGCAGGAGAGUCUAUCCUUUGCGGAGUUGCCCACCCUGCAGCCCCCAAGCCCUGUGUGUCUGGAUCUCUUUCCUGUCACCCCAGAGGAGCUGCAGGCUCCUGGCAGCCGCUGGUCCCUGGGGACCCCUGCUCCUCUCCAAGGGCUGCUAUGGCCACCGUCCCCAGGAGUCCCAGACACCGAGACUGCUACCAGUGGGGGGAUGCGGCCCAGCAGGGCUGGCAGCUGGCCACACUGUCCUAGUGCCCAGCCCCCAGCUCUGGAGGGACCCUGGAGUCCCCAGCACCCCCAGCCACAGCGCCGGGCCAGCCAUGGCUCAGAGAAGAAGUCAGCCUGGCGCAAGAUGCGGGUGUACCAGCGUGAAGAGGCCCACGCCGUCUUCCUUGAGCCUGGCCAGGUGGCAGAGCAGUCCCUGGGCACAGAGGAGCCUAGGUCACUAGAGCUGUCUGGGCCCAGCCGAGUGGGCCUCGAGGGGCCUGAGCGGAGGCGCUUUUCUGCCUCUGAGUUGAUGACCCGGCUGCACUCUUCCCUGCGCCUGGGGCGGAAUUCAGCAGCCAGGACACUGACCCAAGGGUCAGGCACUGGAGCACCUCGGGAAGGGAAAGCAUCUGGAAGGGAGUCGCACAGCGUAGAGAUGAAGGCAGACGUCGUGGCAAUGGCAGCCCCUGUGGACCCGGGCACGGGCCAUGGCAGCUGGUCUGAGUCCAGGCUGGAAUCGCAGGAAGAGCCGGCUCUGGGUUCCAGAAGUGCCAGCGAGCGACGACAGUCACGGUUCCUCCUUAACUCCGUCCUCUACCAGGAAUACAGCGACGUGGCCAGUGCCCGCGAACUGUGGCGGCAGCAGCGCGAGGAGGAGGGCCCCGGGGAGGAGGCCGAGGGCGCGGAGGAGGGGCCCGGGCCACCGCGCGCCAACCUCUCCCCGAGCAGCUCCUUCCGGGCGCAGCGCUCCGCGCGAGGCUCCACCUUCUCCCUGUGGCAAGACAUCCCCGAUGUGCGAGGGAGCGGCGUCCUGGCCACGCUGAGCCUGCGCGACUGCAAACUGCAGGAGGCCAAGUUUGAGCUGAUCACGUCCGAGGCCUCAUACAUCCACAGCCUAUCGGUGGCCGUGGACCACUUCUUAGGCUCAGCUGAGCUGAGUGAGUGUCUGGGGGCGCAGGACAAACAGUGGUUGUUCUCCAAACUGCCUGAGGUCAAGAGCACCAGCGAGAGGUUCCUGCAGGACCUGGAGCAGCGACUAGAGGCAAAUGUACUGCGCUUCAGUGUAUGCGACAUUGUACUGCACCACUGCCCAGCCUUCCGUCGUGUCUACCUGCCCUACGUUACCAACCAGGCCUACCAGGAGCGCACCUACCAGCGCCUGCUCUUGGAGAACCCCAAGUUCCCUGGCAUCCUGGCUCGAUUAGAAGAGUCUCCCGUGUGCCAACGUCUGCCCCUUACCUCCUUCCUCAUCCUGCCAUUUCAGAGGAUCACCCGCCUCAAGAUGCUGGUGGAGAACAUCCUGAAGCGGACAGCACAGGGCUCUGAAGAUGAAGACAUGGCCACCAAGGCCUUCAAUGCACUCAAGGAGCUGGUGCAAGAAUGCAAUGCCAGCGUGCAGUCCAUGAAGAGGACAGAGGAGCUCAUCCACCUGAGCAAGAAGAUCCAUUUUGAGGGCAAGAUCUUCCCACUGAUCUCUCAGGCCCGCUGGCUGGUGCGGCACGGGGAGCUGGUGGAGCUGGCACCACUGCCUGCCGCCCCGCCAGCCAAACUGAAGCUGUCCAGCAAGGCGGUCUACCUGCACCUCUUCAACGACUGCUUGCUUCUCUCCCGGCGGAAGGAGCUGGGGAAGUUUGCCGUUUUUGUCCAUGCCAAGAUGGCCGAGCUGCAGGUGAAGGACCUGAGCCUAAAGCCCCAAGGCAUCCCUGGCCACGUGUUCCUCCUUCAGCUUCUCCACGGGCAGCACGCGAAGCACCAGUUCCUGCUGAGGGCGCAGACGGAAAGUGAGAAGCAGCGAUGGAUCUCUGCCAUGAGCCCCUCCAGCCCCCAGGAGGACAAGGAGGUCAUCAGCGAGGGGGAAGACCGCCCCCAGGUUCAGUGUGUCAGGACAUACAAGGCACUGCAGCCAGACGAGCUGACCUUGGAGAAGACUGACAUCCUGGCAGUGAGGACCCGGACCAGUGACGGCUGGCUGGAGGGGGUCCGCCUGGCAGAUGGCGAGAAGGGGUGGGUGCCCCAGGCCUACGUGGAAGAGAUCAGCAGCCUCAGUGCCCGCCUCCGAAACCUUCGGGAGAAUAAGCGGAUCACCAGUGCCACCAGCAAACUCGGGGAGCCUCCUGUGUGAUGGACAGCCAUGGCCUGGGACACCAGUUCCACGCCUGGCUCCUGGACAGGUCUGGAGGGGGCCUAUAGUGUCUCUGUGCCCCAAGCCACUGCUGCUGGGACUUCUGCCCUGUGGCCGGGCAUUGAGAGUACAGCUGUCCUCACGCUUCUUGGUGUCCACUCUCCAGGGCUGGGGGUGGGGUGGCAUAGGGUCCACAACAGGUGACCUGAUAUCCGGCAAAGACUGAGGCCCUCUGCCUUCCAUGUCCUUGACGCUGCCUGACUCCUGGUCCCUUUACCAGGGGUCUGGCGAGGAAAGGCUCUGGUACUAAUGGGUCCUGCAGCUGUAUGUAUCGGGGUCUUCUGGCCAGAGCCUGCGUGGGCCCUGGUUACUACUUGUCUGUAAAUAAACUCCCAUCAUGUCUUUGCUUGGA